AUGACAAACGACGGCUAUAUUAAUAUAAAGAAUUACUACAGAAGAGUACAGGCAAUUCAUAGGUACGAUCCAAGGAUUCUCAUUUCGGAUGUCGGAGAGACUUGUGCUCAAAAUAUUAAUGGCAUGAACUUGGAUCAUGAUGUAUAGUUAGUAUUCUUCACACUGCUGAUGGUUUACUCCUCAUAUGCACGCAUAGCAGUAAUGUAUGCCCAUGAUAAGCUAAGUGAUAUGGUAGCCGAACAAUGCUUGAGUGAAAUGUAUCCAAAAUUCAAGCGGAUUGAGAUCCAAGAAUCGGAUGAACCUUGCAUCAUUUUCUGUGUACUAAAGAAGUUCGGCAUCAUGAGCCCUACAGGAGUUAUUAACUUAGACAUUUACAGGAAACGUGUUCAAGUUGCUCAUCAAUUAGAUCAAAGAAACUUAGUGAACGAUUACGGAGGCUCUUGUAUGGAGAGCGCCGAAGCGGCACAACACAAACAAGAUGUGUGCAAAAAAGCCAAAGUGUUCAACGACUGCACACAUUUGUACAAAAUCCUAUUAAAAUGA